AUGGAGCAAAGAGUGGAAGAUGUACGACUGAUUCGAGAUCAGCAUCCAACUAAAAUACCAGUGAUCAUUGAAAGGUACAAGGGAGAGAAGCAGCUUCCAGUUCUGGAUAAGACCAAGUUCCUGGUGCCAGAUCAUGUCAACAUGAGCGAGCUAAUCAAAAUUAUCAGGCGACGCCUGCAGCUGAACUCCAACCAGGCGUUCUUCCUCCUGGUGAACGGACACAGCAUGGUGAGCGUUUCCACGCCCAUAUCCGAGGUGUACGAGAGCGAGAAGGACGAGGAUGGGUUCCUGUACAUGGUGUACGCCUCCCAGGAGACUUUCGGAGUGCAAUCUUUUGUCUAAGACACGCGAGCGGCUUCUAGCCUAGGAUUUUGGUUUACCCUUGGCCAUCACCCCCGCUCUUUCCCACACACACCCCAGGGAAAGAAACGGAUGUCACCUGUGCUCUCAGUACCGUAGCAUAGUCUUGCUUUAGCAGGUGUCUCAUCUUACCUUGCCUUGUUUGUGACUAUUAAACAGUACAGACGAGCACCUCCAGCUUUGAAACCUGCUGUAAUAUUCCACACAGGCACAUUUACAUUUCUGGACUUUAUGAAUGGAACCCAGUUGUGCAUGUGACAAUUGCAAAUAAAGGGACACUCGAUCGACUUUUAACAAGCGAACAGGCGCCAGGGAGGAGCUAAAGUGUUUCGUGUGACAGUUUCCUGGAAAAUCUCCCUAUGAUUCCUUAAAGCUUUUAUUUUUUUUUUUUUUUUUUUUAAAUGGGAAGGCUUCUCAUGAGAGCAAAUAUGUUUUAAAGUUCCAAAGUGGAGCUUUGUCUUCUGCAGCUCAGUGAGACUCAUGUCAGUGCUGCAGUGAGUUAAGGCAAGUGCUUGGGGUGAGCUGGGGGUGCACAACUCUUUUUGUCUCUGUUUUUUUUGUGGCUCCGCAAACUUAGGACCGGUGCCAGUUUCUGAAAUACUCAUACCAAACACCACAGCUUUAUCAUAGUUUUAAGAAGUGUUUAACUGUAAAAUACACACCUGGACAGGUAAUGUUGAAAUAAACUCCAGUCCGUUAUGAAUUUCCAAUGCCUGAGUGUGCAGUGAAACACUUGGUAUAAAAGCUCGCUUCCAA